AAGAGAUUCAUAGAGAUACCACCAUUUUUAUGGAUAUGUAUUUAAUUAAAUUAUUUAUUAAAGUAUUUAAUUAAAUUACAUGUACAUGUUCUAACAUAUUUUAAUAGAAAUAAUAUUUCACCAAUAUUCAGUGUAGCAUUUUUAUUUAUUGUUAAUUUAAAUACUUUGUUAAUAAUAAGAGUUUUUAUCAUAUCUCAUCAUAUCCGUAUUCUAGAGGAUAUAUUCGAUAAUUUAAAAAGCUUUGACUUCAUGAAUGAAAUUCGCGUAAGCGAAGGAGUCGAUCGCGAAAGGAACAUCGAGAGUAUCGUAUCACUUGAACCAUCGAUAUGUAUCGUCGACCGUUUGCAAUCUACCUAGGCGCAUACGCGUAAUCGCUUUAGAUCUUUGUUAGAUCAUCAUCUUGGAUGGAAUGAGAUCGCGCAAUCGUUGACAGCUUUUUCGUAAGCACGUCACAAUAGUUUCAGUCACGCGUUACACAUUUAGUUUUAUAAUUACGCAAAGAGACGGUAGUUAAUACGAGCAUAUUGUAACAGUUGAGCAAUAAACGACACGUGCAAGAUAUUUAUACAAAUUUUAUUUCAUUGUUUAAUAUAAAUUAAUAUUGAAAUCACAAAAAUGAAAAUACAUUAGUUAAUAUGUAUGUACUAAUAUCAAGAGUCUAUAGAAUAAGAUUUGGAUUUAAAUAUUGGAAGAUGUUUAUUAUACGAACGUAUCAGUAAAUGGUUCAAAUUUUUAAUGUGAUAAGUAAUCACAUCGUAUCAAUAAAUCUAACUUAUUGUACCAUAAAAACAUAUAAUACAAAAGUAAGAUAUGGCAGGGAAUGGAUCUAUAAUAAUACCAAAUAUAAGACAGUUACAUGAAAACGAUCAUGCAUCUACUUCCAACGUAGAUUACUCUAGCAUCAGAGGAAAGAGUGUUCUAGUAAGUCCAUCAGAAGAUCAAUAUGAAUUGUUACUUAGACGCUUAAGAGAAAGAAUUCAAGAUGGUGGUAGUGAAACAAUUUUUGAUAUUGGUAUUGGUGAAGAUGGUUCGGAAGAUGGUUUAAAAGAAGAUGAAUAUGAAGCAUCUGUUGCUACUUUACAAUCUCUUGCUGCAACAUUAGAAGCAGAUUGUGUACUUUUACGUCAAAGUAAAGUAGAUCAAGGUCUUAUAGGUCAAUAUCUAGUACGGAGGCGUUUAGAUAGACAAGAUUUCUUGGAAAUCAGAGUGGCUGUUGUUGGCAAUGUUGAUGCUGGAAAAUCAACACUUUUAGGUGUAUUAACACAUGGAGAACUUGACAAUGGUCGAGGUUUAGCACGUCAAAAAUUAUUUCGACAUAAACAUGAAGCUGAAACAGGACGUACUAGUUCAGUUGGAAAUGAUAUUCUUGGAUUUGAUAGCGUCGGUAAUGUAGUGAAUAAACCAGAGCAUGGAUCUCUGGAUUGGGUUAAAAUAUGUGAAAAAUCUUCUAAAGUUAUUACAUUCAUUGAUCUUGCUGGACAUGAAAGAUAUUUGAAAACAACUGUUUUUGGAAUGACAGGACAUGCUCCUGAUUUUGGUAUGUUAAUGGUUGGAGCAAAUGCUGGUAUUGUUGGAAUGACAAAAGAACAUCUAGGUUUGGCUUUAGCUUUAUCAGUUCCAGUAUUUGUUGUAGUCACAAAAAUUGAUAUGUGUCCACCAAAUAUAUUACAAGAAAACUUAAGACUGUUAAUAAGAAUCUUGAAGUCUCCAGGUUGUAGAAAAGUACCUGUUACAGUAAAAACAGCUGAUGAUGUUGUCGUUAGUGCUACUAAUUUUGUAUCAGAACGGUUAUGUCCUAUUUUUCAAGUCUCGAACGUAACAGGAGAAAAUUUAAACCUUCUUAAAAUGUUUUUAAAUUUAUUAACUGCAAGGAUGAUCAGUCACGAAGAUGAACCAGCAGAAUUUCAAAUAGAUGAUACAUACUCAGUACCAGGAGUUGGUACUGUAGUUUCUGGCACAACAUUGAAAGGUGUUAUAAAGUUAAACGAUACUCUAUUGUUAGGACCCGAUCCUUUAGGUCGUUUUAUUCCGAUUGCAGUAAAAAGUAUACAUAGGAAGAGAAUGCCUGUUCGUGAAGUAAGAGGUGGUCAAACUGCUAGUUUUGCAUUGAAAAAAAUUAAAAGGUCACAAAUUAGAAAAGGUAUGGUAAUGGUCGCGCAAGCAUUAAAUCCACAAGCUUGUUGGGAAUUUGAGGGAGAAAUUCUUGUAUUGCAUCAUCCUACAACAAUAAGUUCUUGUUACCAAGCAAUGGUGCAUUGUGGAAGUAUAAGACAAACAGCAUCUAUAAUAUCUAUGUCACAAGACUGUUUAAGGACAGGAGACAAAGCUUUAGUACGCUUUAGAUUUAUAAAGCAUCCUGAAUAUAUGAAACCGGGACAAAGAAUAGUAUUUAGAGAAGGUCGUACUAAAGCAGUGGGUAAUGUAGUGAAACUUAUUCCAUAUUCUAGUACUACGGUAAUACAAACGUGUAGGGCUAAUAAACCAAGUAAAAUAUCUCAAAAUCGGCAAAGCUCAUCAUCUGCGAUCCAACCAUUAGAUGCGACCGAAACAAAUUCUUCAUUUGAAGGACAGACAUCGAAGCAAGAAAAUUUGUUACAAAAAACUAACAAACGUCAAAAUAAAAAAAAUAGAGGACGAAAAGGAGGACGAUCUCACAAUACUGUAAAUAGUACUAUUCAACCGCUAUCAGAACAAAAUCCUCCCACAAAACUAUGAACUGUUUUAUGUACAAAACUCUUAAACAUGUAUAUACGUAUACACACUCUCUAUGUAUAGAUUAUUUUAUAAUUUUCGAAAAUUAAUAACAAUCACUUUAUUCUUAAAAAAUCCUUAUUUUUUUAUAAUUUAAAUUAUAAAAAAAUUACAUAUAUUUUUUAGUUUAUUUUCAAGAAGUGCAAAGUACAUUGUUUAUGUAUAAAAUUAAUAUAUUAUUUAGUAGUUAUUUAUAUUAAAAUAUAUGUAAAAUUAUGUUACAUAAUAAUGACAAUUUCAUCUAGUUUGGGGUUGUUUAUAUCCCAAAGGAUUGUGAUUUUUACCUUAAAGUGUAAAAAGAAACCAUGAACUGUUUAUAUAUCACAUAUAUAUAACGCACAUUGUGCUUUCAACCCUAUUAGAGUACAAAUUGUCUUUCAUAUUUUGACUAAAUUAUCAAAAACGUCGUUUUUAAAACGUAUGAAGAAAUAUACGUUGUUAUUCACAAAGUGUUUUAUUUUUAUAAACACAAGUGUAUCUUAAAAUAGUAUUAAGUAAAUAAAAUAGUAAUCUAUAUAUAAAAUAUUUCAUUCAUCUUUCUUUGACUAUUAUAAUUAUUGUUAACGACUUGUAACAAAUCCAAAUAAAAUCUUUUGAUAGUAAAAGAAAAAUGUAAACUAAUAAUAAAACAAAUAGUGACUGAGAAAUAAAAAUAUUGCAUGAGAACGUAAAAUUUAUGAAUUAAAAACAAAAUUUAAGAAAAUUUAAUAAAACAAAAAUAGAUAUUAACAAUGUCAAAUGUAAUAAUAACAGAACAAAAAAAGAAAGAAUUAUUUAUUAAUUACUGUUAAUAAGUAAAGAUUAUUUUAUAAAUGCAGUGUAAAAUAUAUGUGAGUAACCUCUAUUUUCAUACAUUGUGUAUAAUGAAAAAAAAGGGAAUACAAAAGUAAAAUUCAAGUUUAUUUUUAUGCUAAAUGGUAUAAUAAAUUUUAAAAACUAAAUAUCCAUAUCUUUUUAUUGCCUUUUUAUAAGGAAAUUGUUACAAAUUUAAUUUUUUGUAACUAAACUAAUUCUAAAAUAACUAUAAUUUAUUUUUAGAAGGACUACUUUAACCAAUCUUUCUUUAUUACAUCGUUAUUCGCUAUUUGCAACUUUAAAUAUAUACAAAAACUACUUUGGUGGAUUUUUUUUUAUUUCAUUUUUCGUUUCUUCUAACUUUUGUUUAAUCGUAUUUGUAAACAUUCUUAAUUGUCUAACAAAUCUCUCAUGAUUAAAGGGUAAAUGAAUACCAUAUGUUUUACUUUGAAGUAUUAAAUACGCUACAAACUGUGCGGAUCGCCUAAUUGGUUUUGUAUUUGCUAAUUUAUCAAUUAAUUGUUCAUUACGCAUUAAAUAUGUAAAUAACAUACGUAGAAAGCCCAUAAUUACAAUGUUUUUUUUUUAACAAACAGAUAUUUAUACUUUAGGAACUUCAAAUGUACACAUGUUACGAUAUUUCAGCAAAAGUUCUCGUUUAAGCCUAAGUUGUUUACGUAGAGUUUCAAGUUUCUGUAACUGUUCUUCUUUACUGUACUCUAUUCCUGGUAAUUUUUUAAUCUGUGCUCUUGCAGAAUCUAAUUUCUUUUGAAGUUCUAAUAUUUUAUGACUUGUGUCUUGAGACUCUUUAGCUUUCUGUGUGGUAUCAUGUGGAUCUUUUUCAACACUAAAAAUACAAAUAUAAGUGGCAAUAUUUCAAUAUCCAAAUCAUCCACUGUAAAUUGAGAACGUAAAGUUUCCUCCGAUAAUUCCGAUUCCAUUAUAACAUUAUAAAAAAGUACAAAUAAUGC